AUGGAAAUCCACGAAGGAGCCGGAGGCAACCAUUCAGGAGGCCGAGCCUUGGCACUACGAAUUAAGAAGCGCGACCACUACUGGCCAACGAUGAUGUCUGAUUGUGAGAAGUAUGUCGCCAAAUACGAGAAGUGUCAACGACAUGCCCCCAUCAUCCAUCAGUCGACCGAGCUGCUGCGAGCCGGCAUAGCCCCAUAUCCUUUCAUGCGUUGGACGAUAGACAUUAUCGGCCUGUUAGCCGCUUCAAGACAAAAACGCUACAUCCUCGUCCUCACCGACUAUUUCACCAAGUGGGUUGAAGCCGAGUCCUACACCAAUAUCAAAGCCAAAGACGUCCAGCUGUUCGUAUGGAAGUAUAUCAUAUGUCGUCAUGGCCUUCCCUAUGAAAUACUCACCGAUAAUGGCUCGCAGUUUAUCUCCCUACAAUUCGAGGACUUCUGCGCAAAAUUGAGGAUCAAGUUAAGAAAAUCAACGCCGAGAUGCCAGGAAAGGUGCUUGCACCGACGAGCUCGACGGGGUGCUUUGGUCCUACCGUACGACCCGCGACAGGCUACGAACGAAACUCCGUUCUUCUUGGCCUAUGGGAUGGAAGCAAUGGCGCCUGCCGAGGUCGGCAGUACAAGUCUUCGACAAAAAAUGCUCGUCCAGGAUUCCGCACUCAAUAGUCAGAUGCUUCUCGACAGACUCGACGAGUUGGAAGAAGAGCGUGAUAAAGCACUUCUGCGAAUUCAGAAUUACCAGACUCGGCCAAGUACUACAACAAGAAGGUCCACAAUCGACACUUUGACGAAGGAGAUCUUGUCCUUCGGAAGGUCUUUAAAAAUACCGCCGAGCCAAACGCCGGAAAGAUGGGGGCUAACUGGGAGGGUCCAUAUCAGGUGUCCAAGUUCGUCCACCCCGGCGUGUACGAGCUCUUAA